CAAACUCAUCAAGCUCGCACCUUCACCGGCCGCGCGCGUUCUUGCUCGUCUCGGGAGAAAGAUUCGUGCUAGGUCGACUCCGGCCCCUCUUCGAAAGGGUUGGGGUUCUUUUCAUCGUUGUGUGGCCAUCAGCAUCCCUAGCUAGCUCAUCCAGAUCGAGGAACUUGCAUCUCCCCUGGAUUGGACUUUGUUCUAGCAGGGACCAAAGCAUCGACCGAAGUCGAUCUGCACUGCGCGUCGCAAAGUAGAGGUAGGCGGAGGUCAUGGGCCGGCCAAUGGCCACGGAGAAAAAGAUGGCCACUCGCGUCGGAAAUGCAGUAGUCUUUGCUCUGCUCCUGUGUGCUCGCUUCCUCACCGCCCUUGCAUGCGACAACAAUGGCGCCAAGUUUGGGUACACGGGUUCUCUCGGACCCAGCCACUGGGGAGGAUUGAGCCCCAACUUCAGCCGUUGCGCAGAUGGAAACAAGCAGUCCCCGAUCAACAUCAGGACCGACGAGGUGGUUUACAGCCCGUCGUUGGGGCCUCUUCGCAGGGAUUACGCCGCUGCCAAUGCCACCCUCGUCGACAACAUCUUCAACAUCGCGCUCCGAUACGAAGACACUGCCGGGACGGUGCAGAUCGAAGGGGUGAAGUACACGCUGAAGCAGAUGCACUGGCACUCUCCUUCGGAGCACACCAUCAACGGCCAGAGGUUCGCAAUGGAGCAACACAUGGUUCACUACAGCGACCAAGGCGACAUCGCUGUUGUGGCAAUCCUGUUCCGACUUGGCAGGCCAGAACCUUUUCUUAUGCAGAUACAGGAUAAGCUAUCUGAGCUGUAUGUGGAGGCCUGCAGUGCAGAGAAAGGCGCUCCGAUCCCCGCCGGAGUCGUGAGCCUGUGGUCGCUGCGGCGGCGCGCCAACAUGUACUACCGGUACGUCGGGUCGCUGACAACGCCGCCGUGCACCGAGAACAUCGUCUGGACCAUCCUAGGCAGGGUGAGGGAGAUGUCGAUGGAGCAGGCUGCCGCGCUGAUCGCCCCGCUGGAGGAAGGUUACCGGCGCAACAACAGGCCGACGCAGCAGCUCAACGGCCGCACCGUGCAGCUCUACAACAGGUUCUGGAAGAACAAGAACAAGAACAGGUCGCCGUGAGCCUGCCUGCUGACCCGGCCGCGUCGAUCUUCGGAGAUGAUGAAUCAGCGCGUCUUUGGGUUUUCGGUUCAUCACAAGUUAUGCUAGUGUUUCUGCAAGUUGGGUUAGCUUCUAGGUUUGGAGUGUCACUUGUUGAUGUAAGGCCUAGUCUGAAGUUGGAAAUUAGCUAAAUGUAAGGCCUUUGGUGAUGUGAUCUUCCUUUUGUGUAGGACAAUAUAGGAGUUCCUUAGUUAGUUAUGCUAAUCAACAAAUCAACAAGUUGUGCACUUUACGAGCUAGUUAUCUUACCGAACGUUAUCUUACUA